AUGCGUUCCGUGCUUGAUCUAGAUGGUGCCCACUUCUCGCAUUGGUUGAACGAACCCGUACUCGACUCUCCCACUUGUCCCAUACCCAUCCGUGGUGCUGGGCCAGAUCCACAACAGCCACCACUCUUUUCUUACCCUAAUCACACAUUUACGCCCAACGCGUCCUUCUCGCCGUCGGAAUUUGCGGCACCUCAUCAGCUACCGAGAUCGUUAUCGCCGGCCGACGCUUCUGAUGGUUAUCUCAGUUCUCCAGGUCUCCGCGUGCAAUCGAUAUCGCCUGCGGAGACAUCACUGAGGCCGCCACCAUGGGCAACUCAAUUGUGGGAUUCGCAACAAUACGAGGCUUCCACGUCGUCGGGGCGUGUCCAUCAACCCCUAUCUGACCACCCUUAUGGAGUCAAACGCCAACGCUUUCAACCCAGACGAGACAUAUUGGGCAUGGGUUUCCAGUCUUCUAGCGCUCCAAUACAAACGGGCAUGCUUUCGAUGACUAGGAACUAUAGUUCCCGUCGUGGCGAGUCUGUCAGCGUGAGCGAUGAUCGCGACGCAACCGUGCGACGCAAGAAGCGGCUAUCAACUGAGGAACUUUCCAGGGAAGAGAAAGGAACCGAGUCACCUCCUCUCAAGUCCAUACUCAAGCAGCCAAAAUUAGCACCUAGUGCUUGGCAGUUGUACUUCACAGACUGGAUACAGCGGCACCAAGCAACGAGCACCAGAAAACUCAAUGUUGCACAGGCUGCCAAAGAAGCUGGUCAGGAGUAUGCCAACUUGACUACCGAAGAGAAGGAGCCUUACAAACGACGGUCUGCAGUUCUGAAGGAGGCCCGAGAGCGUGAAAACGCAGCUUACAUGAGGAGUCUCACUCCUGAUGAUAUCAAGAAGGAGAAUGCCUUCCGCACUGCCCAGCGAAAGGCGGGUCGUUCCCGGAAGAGCAACAUUAAAGACCCAAACGCACCAAAGAAGCCGCUCAGCGCAUACUUCAUGUUCCUGCAGCGCAUCCGAUCCGACCCUGCUUUGGUUAGGGAGAUCUUUGGUGACGAGCAAGAGACAACUAAGCAAAGCGUGUUAGCCGCUGCCAAAUGGCGAUCGAUGACUGAUGAUGAGCGCAAGCCUUUCCUUGCACAAGCUGAGCAGGAGAAGCUCGAGUACGAGGCCGCACGGAGGCUGUAUGAGGAAGGCACCACUGAUUUUGGCACGAGUAUCAAUUUCAGCAUCUUGCCGGGCAGCCCCACUGAGAGCCCAUUCCGUGCCUUGCGAGCAAUCAAGACAGAGUCAUUCAGUUCAGAGAGCGAGAGCGAGGGUGUCGCAGCUGACGACCUCAGUCGAUACACCCGUCUGUGA